AUGGAGCCGGAGAGCGUCAAGUUCAUGGCCCGCGAGAUGCGCAUCCUCCGCCGGCUCGACCACCCCAACAUCAUCCGCCUCGACGGCAUCGCCACCUCCCGCAUGCACCGCAGCAUCUACCUCGUCUUCGACUUCAUGUACUCCGACCUCGCCCGCCUCAUCGCCCGCCCCCUCACCCUGCCACAGUUCUUCAGCACGCCGCCGUUGGCGUGCGACGUCUCCGACCUCCCCUGCGUGUACAAGGAGGAGGCUGCCGAUCCGACCACCCCCCACGAUGGAAGGAAGUCCAAGCCGAGGCAGCGUUCACAGAAGCGAAGGAACAGCGGCAAGCAGAGAGCUGAUCGGGAGCAGCACGGCGACGAACCAAAGCUCUCCAAUGGCGAAUCUCCAAAUCCUAACAAAGAGGAGGAGAACACGGCCUGGCCUGCAAAAUCAGGGCCCCUGUGCAUGACUCUAAAAUUGGGCCUACCAUUAGAAGAACAGGUCCUGGCCGAGAGCGCCAUCGUCAAGGCCUCCACCAGCACGACCUCGCAACGGUUUGCAGUGAGCCCAAUGCGGUCGUUCCUACCUGCGGAUGAGCCGCAGCUGCGGAGGGCCAACACCUACCACGCCACCGGCGACGAGCACACGGGCGGCGCCAUCGCGCACCGCGGCGUGGCCAUCAGAUCGGCGACGUGA